UCUGCUGGAACGCCAGCGCGGGCACGGCCGGCGCCGCCCCCCGCCCGAGUCCGCGUUGGCGGCGCCUCGACCCCGCCCUCCCGCGCCUGUCCUUCCCUCGGCUCCCAGCUUGUGCUCCGCGCCAGACUCGGCCCCGCCGUCCGGCUGCCCGCUCUCUGCGGCUCGCCACCUCCCGGGUCCCAGCCUUCACGGGCCGGGGCCGUCGCCGCCGCCGCAGGACGGGGAGGCGGGCCAUGGCGUCCUGCGUGGGGAGCCGGACCCUGAGCAAAGAUGAUGUGAACUACAAGAUGCAUUUCCGGAUGAUCAACGAGCAGCAAGUGGAGGACAUCACCAUCGACUUCUUCUACCGGCCUCACACCAUCACCCUGCUCAGCUUCACCAUCGUCAGCCUCAUGUACUUCGCCUUCACCCGGGAUGACUCUGUCCCAGAAGACAACAUCUGGAGGGGUAUCCUUUCUGUUGUUUUCUUCUUUCUUAUCAUCAGUGUGUUAGCUUUUCCCAAUGGUCCAUUUACUCGACCUCAUCCAGCCUUAUGGCGAAUGGUUUUCGGACUCAGUGUGCUCUACUUCCUGUUCCUGGUAUUCCUCCUCUUCCUGAACUUUGAUCAGGUUAAAUCCCUAAUGUACUGGCUAGAUCCAAAUCUCCGGUAUGCCACGAGGGAAGCAGAUGUCAUGGAGUAUGCUGUGAACUGCCAUGUUAUCACCUGGGAGAGGAUUAUCAGCCAUUUUGAUAUAUUUGCAUUUGGACAUUUCUGGGGCUGGGCUAUGAAAGCCUUGUUGAUCCGUAGUUAUGGCCUCUGCUGGACAAUCAGUAUUACCUGGGAGCUAACUGAGCUCUUCUUCAUGCACCUUCUGCCCAAUUUCGCUGAGUGCUGGUGGGACCAAGUCAUCCUGGACAUCCUGCUGUGCAACGGCGGUGGCAUCUGGUUGGGCAUGGUCGUUUGCCGCUUUUUAGAGAUGAGGACCUACCACUGGGCCAGCUUCAAAGACAUCCACACCACCACUGGUAAAAUCAAAAGAGCCGUGCUCCAGUUUACUCCUGCUAGUUGGACCUACGUUCGAUGGUUUGACCCCAAAUCUUCAUUUCAGAGAGUGGCUGGAAUAUACCUUUUCAUGAUCAUCUGGCAGCUAACUGAGUUGAAUACCUUCUUCUUGAAACAUAUCUUUGUGUUCCAAGCCAGUCAUCCAUUAAGUUGGUGUAGAAUUCUCUUUAUUGGUGGCAUCACGGCUCCCACAGUGAGGCAGUACUAUGCUUACCUCACUGACACACAGUGCAAACGCGUAGGAACACAGUGCUGGGUGUUUGGGGUCAUUGGUUUCCUGGAAGCUAUCGUGUGCAUAAAAUUUGGACAAGAUCUCUUCUCUAAGACCCAAAUACUCUAUGUUGUGCUUUGGCUUCUUUGUGUGUGCGUUCCCUGAUGCAUAGGACUCACUCGGCAAAUGCAUGGAGAAUAAAGGAAUGAGUUCAAGAGGCAGAGACCAGGAGACAGACGUACAGGCAGGCUGAGAGACAGGCAUGUAUGAAAACAUGCAGCUGUGCCCAUGCCCAGCUUCUCAGGAAGACGGCAAGCUGUUUGGGGAACGAGAGUGAGGAGAGUGAGGGGGGGAGGGGACAUGGGACAUCUGCUCAGGAAAGACCCUAUGUGUCUGUAGUUGGAGAUCCAGAGACAAUAAUUCAGUGGGAAGACACCUGUUCGCAGAGGAAGGCUGCAUGGGUGGGAGAGUCCCGAGGGAGGAGAGGUGCUGUCUGAGGGGGUUGAGGAUCCCAGAAAGAAAUAACUGAGGCUUACCCAAGGGUGGUGGCGUGGAAGAUGCAGAGAGAGGGCUGGAUUUGAGAGCUGUUCAAGAGGGUCAGCUCAACAGGACGCCAACCCCUUGUGAUAGUGUGAGUGACUCCACGGUUUCUAGUUUGUGCCACUGGGUGGCAGUGUUGGUGGUAGUAACAGAUUGGGGGAUAUCACAGAGGCCCGUUGAGUGAAAGGAGAUGAAUUGGGUUAGAGCGCUGGGAUUUGAGGGACCCUUAGAACUAAUAGCUGAAGGUAUCCCGUAUCGUGGGAAAUGCCAGUCUGUCCAGUAACACUGGAAAGACUUGGUCAGCAAUAGAGGUGAAAGAGUUGAGGGCCACUGGUGCACAGGGCAUGGUGGGAGCCGCUGGAUUCGGGUAGGGGAACACCUCGUGGGCAGGAGAAGCUGGCUGAGGAUGGUCUGUGGAGCAGCCACACUUAAGAGGCCAGGCCUGAGAAACAGACCCAGGAGAGCAGGCCUUUGAAGAAGCAGAAUCCCCUAAUGAGCAUUAUCAGUGCCAUGGAGGGGGACCUGGCCCAAAAGGAGACCAUUGGCCGGGAUAAUUAGAUGUCUCCACUGCCCAUAUUCAUGGCCUUUACUAAACAUCAAGAUUGGAGUGAGGUGAACAUUAUUCAGUAGGAGAGUUAGGUUUGACCAUGCCUCCCUUACUCCUCAGAGAAACAAAGCCCCUAAUUAUUUCCCUUGCUUGGUAAGAGAAUAUCUCCAGGCCUCGAGAUUAAUGCAGAAGCAGAGAUUCCCGCAUGCCGGUUAGUUAAGUUUCUCCUCAGCGGUUGUGUGAUCAGUCAUCGGCAAUUUGCAUGCUCAUUACUUUGACUGGAAGCCAGGGGAGAUCUUCUGCCCUCAUUGCCACCACACAUGACGCUGUCGUGUGCUGCCUUGGCUCUCAUCCCACAUAUUUUUCUUCUUUCUCUUUUCUUUUCCUUCUCUUUCUUUAAACAAAAUCUGUGCAAUUGCUGUUUUAAAUCCAGGCCCUGACAUUUUAAGUGGAUGUGUGCCUAGGUUUUCACAGGUGUGCUUGCGAACCCAUAAAUUACAAGCUUUUGUCUCCUGGGACAAGUGUGACCUGGGCCUCUAAGUACCCAGGUGAAGUGGUAAAUUUGGCAACCACAGCGGCCCCUUUGUGUGGCGAUUGUGAUGAUAAGCACCUGUCGCUCCUGACCUGCCAGUGUUUGCCUGCCUGCAAGCUGCAAAGCCCAUUCUGUCCUUGCAGAGACAGGGCUAGAGAAAGCAGAGCUCCGCACUCCUGCCCUCCAGUGGGCAGAAUCCGCAAUGACGGGCAGCCCUGCGCUCACCGCCCCUUCAUCCUGUGGAGUAGCAGCUGCCUGCCAGCCUCCCCACCUCCAUCGCACCGCGAUGACUGGUCGCAAUGACUGGUCUGGGGACAUGGGACCUGCCUCCCACGCUCCACUCCCUCAAACCUAGGACAGUCUGUUUUGCCCUUCGUAAAGGAGCAAACACAUACAUAAGCUUACACACUGCAAAUGCUCUAGUCUUCCCCACUCUUUCCAUGCCAUGAAGAUGGUACAUUUAAUGGUGGUGUAUGUUAGAAAUCUGAGCAAGUACUACAAUAUGUUAAAGGGUAGAAGUUACUUUCACUUUAUAAUCUUAAUGUAUUCUUUCAUUGCCUAAUUAAGAAAAAAAUUUUUUAAGUGUUUAUUUCCUUUUGAGAGAGAGAGCACAAGCAGGGGAGGGGCAGAGAGAGAGGGAAGCACAGAAUCCGAAGCAGGCUCCAGGCUCUGAGCUGUCAGCACAGAGUUCGAUGUGGGGCUCGGACCCAUGAACUGUGAGAUCAUGACCUGAGCCAAAGUCAGACACUCAACCGACUGAGCCACCCAGGCGCCCCGCUGCCUAAUUUUUUUUUUCAAUAUAUGAAAUCUAUUGUCAAAUUGGUUUCCAUACAACACCCAGUGCUCAUCCCAAAAGGUGCCCUCCUCAAUACCCAUCACCCACCCUCCCCUCCCUCCCACCCCCUAUCAACCCUCAGUUUGGUCUCAGUUUUUAAGAGUCUCUUAUGCUUUACCGCUGCCUAAUUUUUUGAUGGGGGAGGAUAUGAGCUUCCUUUUCUUUAAAUCCCUCAUCUGCGUAUGUAUGUCCACUUGCAUAUGGAUUUAAAAUAAAAUGAAGCAGUGGGCCUUAUAUUUCAUGUUCUGUCUCCACCAUGCCGGCAUUCCCACUUCACUGACCUAGAAGGAGAAGGCCCGCCAGAGCACUCAUACUCCUGUCUUUCUGCACUUAAGAUGACACUGCACACCCAACAGACGCUUAACAAAUGUUGACUGACAGGAACGGGGCCAGAGCUAGACUGCACGCUGCAGUGAUGAGAGUUCACAGCCCUGCCUUGCCUGCAGUCUCGGCUCCACCCUUGCAUCUGGGGGCUGUGCACAGGGAUGCUGCUGGUCCUGGCUAUUCCCGGCAUGCUUUUCUUUCUCCGGAGGUGGGUGAGUGGAUGGAUGGAUGGAUGGAUGGAAAGAGAUAUAAAGAUGUGUAGACAUAAAACCAGUAUUUGUUUAUCUCUACAGCCAUCCCUAAAACUUGGAUCCAGGAAAAUCAAGAGACCUGUGUUCAGGCUCCAGUUUUGCCACAUACUAAAUGUGUGCCUUUGAAUAGACACCUCUCCAAACAUUCAUUCCCCUUCUGUGAAAUGAGAGGAGUUGAAAUGAAUGAUAUCUUUUGGAUCUGGAAUUAGUUUUGGGGUACCUGAGUGGCUCAGUCAGUUAAGUAUCUGACUCUUGAUUUUGGCUCAGGUCAUGAUCUCAUGGUUGUGGAUUGAGCCCCACAUCAGGUUCUGUGCUGAGCAUGGAACCUGCUUGGGAUAUUCUGUCUCUCUCUCUCUCUCUCUCUCUCUCUCUCUCUGUCUCUCUCUCUCUCUCUCUCUCUCUCAAAAUUAAUACAAACUUUUAAAAAUUAAAAAGUUAAGAUUCUCGGAGAGAAUUAAAAUUAUUCCAGAAGAGAAGGUUCUACCAUGAUUUCACGACUGUUCACAUAGUUGGUUCAAGGUGACAGCCUCAACAGGAAAUGCAGGAGAAGAACCAGAGACCAGAUAGGGAGAGUGCUUUGGUGUCAGUGAGUUCCUAAGGCAAGGAAUUCUAAAGACAGGAGGGACAGACAGUCAUUUUGUUUUGUUUUGGUGAUUCAUUUAUGGUUGGGAAAGUCAGGCCUGGCCGGAGGGCCUGGCGGAGGUUCAUCUGUCCUUAACAAUGCUGAGGCACACCCUCCCUCUCUCCUUUAGUGCUCUGGCAAGGCACCCAGAAACUUCUCCCGGAUUUUCAGUGUUUUGGCACAUGUUAAAACUUCGGACUCUUGUAGAUGCUAUUCUUUGCUUAAAUUGGAGUAUAAUUUAGGGUGUGGUGCAAGGUGGGUGGGGAGUCUCGGGGAAGUAGAGGUUAUCCCUGCCUCUGGGUACCCACAGGCCAUGCCCCUCUCAUUUCACUCAGGGGUUUACAGAGCGGUUUUGUUUUCUCUGACUUCCUAUGUACUUACAGAAGAAAAACAAAAGCAACCAGAACUGGGGUUGGGGUGGGGCCACAGAGACAAAACAGCAGUGAGAGAGCAGUGCAGAGCCACCCACUCAGACACAGUGGGCCUCGGUCCUAAAUGCCCUCCAGCGCCACUGUGCUCCCAGACUGAAUGAAGCUCCUUUUUCAUUCAGAACUCGUCUUCCCCACGGAAGCUCACAAACUGAGAGUCCUUGUAACUUUCCAGUGAUGGGGGCAGAGGAUGGGCCGUGAGAACCAGAAAUAAAGCAUAUACAAUCCUAUGUAUCCUCUCUAGGAAGACCUGCAAAACUGUGCAGAAAAUACAUCCCACCUUAUCCUACAUCUAAAAAUGAUCUUGCGUUCUGAUUAUUAGCGUCGUAAGUAGUAACUACGGUCUGGUCAUCACUCUUGUCAAAAGCUGUGGGGGGACGCUCUCCCCAGCCCUACUAGCUCUGCCAUUUUGUAACCAGUGUCCUCAGAGAGACAGUAGAACCACAUCAAGCCGUCCUCUGUGCAUUACUGUUGAGACCCUGAAAGUCUGGGAAAUGGGAUUUCUUUUUUUUUUUUUUUUGGUGCAACAUUGUUUUAUGAAAUAUGCUUGGU